UAAAGCUUUACAGGGAUCGGUUAGGGAUGCUCUGACAAACCCUAACCCCUCGGGUCGAUAUCCCCUGGCCCUGGCUCAAGGAGAGCAAUGGCGUGGAGCAGGGCAGCACACCGGCGCAGCACCGUCAUGCCACUCCUACGCGCCGCGCUCCGCCGCUUCCUCUCCACGGAGUCUUCGGGGUUCCCGAAGCUACGGAAUCUUCCGUACCGACUCCGCCGCGCCGCCGUCCCCGCUGCUCGCACCGCCGUCUCCGACUACCUCAUCUCAACGCGCUGCCUCCCCUCCUCCCACGCCGACUCAAUCACUGCGCUCGCGCCGUGCUCCCUCCACACCUUCCUCGCCGGCAUCCCAGCCGUGCCCAGUACGCUCCCCUCCUCCGACCUCCCCUCCCUCCUCCGCCGCCACCUCUCCUACCAUCCGCUCAACGAGCUUCCCUUCUUCCUCGAGUCCAUCGGCUUGCCCCCCUCCACCGAUUCCGAUCUCAUGUUCCUCACUGACCAUCCGUCCCUCCUCCCCGCCGUUGCCGCGCUCGCGCAUUUCGGCUUCCCGUGGUCCCGCCUCGGCCUGCUAUUCCCCAAUGUCCUCCUCCAAGUCCCUCCCGACCUCAUCUCCGCCCGCCUCGUCGCCCUCGAGGAAAGCCUCCGCCCGCUGCCCCGUGCUGCGAUUAUCGCUGCCUGCCUCUCUUUCCCCUCGCUUAUUGAGAACGAUCUCUCCAGCAGUGCCCCCCUUGUCGAUGAUCUUAUGAUGGCGUAUGGAGGAUUGGGUCCGGAUUUGGGGGCUAGCAAUGACAUUGAUGUCUUCUUGCGAGUGUGCGGCAGGAUGCAGAUGUUCUACGAUGCUGGGGUGAAGAUUGGGAGCAUCGGGGGGCUUGUUGGGUGCAAUCAGAGGGUUUUUCUUGAGCUUAAGGAGGAGCGGAUUGGUGAGAGGUUGAAAUUCUUCAAGAGGCUGGGGCUGGCAGGGGAGGAGGCAGGGAGGUUCUUACUGAGCAAUCCUGGGGUUUUGGAUCUUGAUUUUGAUGAUGUGGUGAUCUCAGUGCCAGAGUACCUGAGGAGAGUUGGGUUGGCAGAUGAUGAGGUCGAUGUGGCGGUGAAGACGCACCCGUAUGUGGUUGGGAGGAACAGACUGGAGAACCUCCCUGGUGUGCUGCGUGCAAUGGGACUGAAUCAUCGUUUCCUGGAGAAGAUUUCUGGUGGUGGUGAGAGCUUGCGGUAUUUAUCACCAGAUUUCGUGUUGGAGGAUACUAGUUAUGAUAUGGAGGUGGAGAGAGCAUUCUCAGACAGAAUGGUUAAGGUGAAGGCGGCGAUGAAUGCACAGCAUGUGGACACCAAGCUUGAGUUCUUGAAGAGCAUUGGGUAUGGUGAGAACAAGAUAGCCGCACACGUACUUCCUGUUCUGCACAGCACUCGGGAAAUGCUGAAUGAGCGAUUUGACUACCUCCUGGAAAGAGGGGUGGAGUACAAGAUGCUGUGUCGGAUCGUGAGUGUGUUCCCAAAGGUGCUGAACCAAGGCAAGGAGAUGCUCAAUGAAAAGUUAAACUACAUGACUCUGGAUCUGGGAUACUCUUUGGAGUAUCUUGAUUGCUUCCCAGCAUUACUGUGCUUUGAUUUGGAGAACCGGGUCAAGCCUAGGUAUGCAAUGCUUCGGUGGCUCCAAAGUUAUGGUCUUCUUAAAAGACCAUUAGCCCCUGCAACUGUGCUUGCUAACUCAGAGAAGAGGUUCAUUUUCAACCUCUACAAUAUGCAUCCUGCAGCGCCAAAGCUGUGGCUCGAGUGCUUCUCUUCAAGAAUACACAUGGAAUAUUACCUCAAGAAUAUACAGUCUCAGCAUCCAGAUAAUGAAUAAUUAGCUAUUGAAUUAUGUUGGCAAGAUUAUCAGAGCCGGAGGUACAGAGGAUUGUCAUCUCCAAUUGUGGCAUGCUUUCCCUCAGAAGGUACCUCUGAGUUGUUAUAUUAUAUCUUCCCAUUGUGCAAAAUUCUUUGCUCAGCGUGUUUUAGCUGUAGACACUGGAUGUAGGAUGAAAUGAAAUAUAUCAAUUCAAUAGCCAACCAUGUAAUUCAAUUUUGCAAAAAUUGUGCUGUACAUUGUAGCUCUGAGACUAGUUACAUUUCCGCCCUGUUUGGCGGUUAUGUAUUUCAAGGAAAGAUAUUCUGUAUUGAUCCGAGGUGAAAGACUAGCACUGAUAAUAAUUAACUUUUUGGUUAUUGAUCGUACCAUCAUCCUCAUAUCAUUGCAUCAUGUUGAACUCAUGUAUAAUUCAUGAUAAGUUCUUCCGAGUGGAUGAUAUUUUCCGGGCUGAUCACUCAGCCAUGGUAUCUUCUCUGGUGACACAAUGGUAAGAACAUACUAUAUUAAACAUAGAUUGCUCGCUUCUGACAGGAAAAAACUUUGAUUUUAUUUGUAUCUCUCUUCUUAAUAGGUGGUGAAUAAAGGGGCUUCGCAGGGCCAUGCAUUUGCGGCCGUUAGAUCUGGAUUAUGGCCAAUGGUUAUCUAUCUAUGAUACAAGAUAGAGUCAAAAGGGACAACAUGGUAUUCUCUGAUACAAGUUCAUGGCACCUUGGAUUGGAUCCAUAUGGCGCAUACCAGGAACAAAAACUUCUUAUGGUGCAAAGAUUCUAGUGGAGGUAUAAAUAUGUAUUUAGCUGCAGAGGUUGGCCACUCAAGGUGAUGCAAGGUUCUCUCUUCCAUUGUGGGGUUAGCUGCCAGUGCUCACUAUUUUUCUCUACCGCAGGUUUGAUUUCACACUUCCACUUCAUGCCCCUGCGUUGUCCACUCUUCCAGACUCAACCAAUGUUGCGCUGCAGCUGGCCUCACUACCGGAUGAUUGUCACACCGCUCAUCUCCCUAGGACAACCUUCCGAGGACUGGUCAUCGCCUCUUACCAUCACAAGAACUAUCCAUUCUUUGAGUGAUUGCAGGUAAUCUACAAUAUUCAUAAAGCUUAAUCGAAAACCAUAGGCGUGAGGGUCACCUUUCGAAUACAUAUUGUGGUCAUUGAAAACUUUCCGUGUAGACUUGGUACUGUUCGCUCUGGUGUUCCAUGGCAGUGUGCAACAUCUAUUGGAUGAUACAAAAUGUGUGUUCCCUGCUCUCUUUUUUCAUAUGUAUCUUCAUUUAUAUAGCAUUUCCUGUGUUUCAAAAUAUUUGGCAGUAUAUUCUGUUAAGUUUUGAAUAAUAAUAUCCUAAAUAAUUUGGAUAAACGAUAGCUUGAUGCGUGCAUGUGUAAUAAACCCAUAUAUUACUUUGAGAAAUGUUUAUACAAUUUAUGCUGCAUUGUUGCCUUCUAAUUUUUAAAUCCUUAGUUUUUUAGCCAGACGGGGAGCAUGGGCGCAGCGGUAAAGCUGUUACCUCCUGCAGGUUCGAGUCCUCGAAACAGCCUCUUGCAUAAAUGUAGGGAAAGGCUGCGUACAAAAGACCCAGAGUGGUCAGACCCUUCCCCCGGACCCUGUGCAAGCGGAGCUACUCAGCAACGUGCUCCAGGCUGCCCCCUUUUUUUAGUUUUUUUAGCCAAAACUUUAGAAAUUUCUCUUGCUAUAUUUUCAUUGUGUUGUUACUAUUACCUAUGUUUAUAUUCUCUUGCUAUCCUUUAUUUCUAAUCUCCAGAUUGACAACCACUAAAAUUUGUACAGAUAGUAAAAGUAGCUGUACACACUUAGGUCUUACUCUGCAAGUAACCGAACAAAUAAGCAUUUGAUUUCUUAACUGAAGAUAUGACUAUUACCAUUUUAAAUGAUUACCGUUUUCUUCCCUUGGUGGUGCUUACGAAAUGGUAACAGCAAAAAACAAGUGACGUGAGGCAGAAAAAAGAAGACAUUCCUGAGUUGAGAUUGCAAGGUUGAGCAUUACAAAUCCCUGCUAUCUGAAUGUGAAGUCAAGACGAAGUCCAAGGUGGAGGAGCUGCAAAAAACUAACAUUCUGCAGGAGCACCUUAAUGGCAGUUUUCAUUUUCAGUGGGCUAAUAAAAUGCAAGCUAUGGGGAACUCAAAGAAGAAUGAGGAAAGACAUUUAGACAAAAGGAUUCUACUCUAUAAUAUGAGGUCAUGGUCUUAUCAAAAUGAGGAGUGAAUUUCGACAACCAGUGCGCCUGCAUGGGCUAGUACUUCUGAUAUUUAUUUAUGGAUUUCCUUGCUCCUUUCUUCUGUAUUGUGAUUGAUACCGGUGGUUUUCUCUAUAUCAGGCCAGAGUUGUUACUACUUAAAGUCCAUGGCUGAUGUAAUUGUUGCGAAGAACACUGUCAGUUCAGCGGUUGUCAUGAACUCAUGAUGCAAACAAUCGGCUGUUGUUACAUAACUGGCGUGUCUCAGUGGAUGCAAAAUACCAUAUUGGUGACAUGUGAUAAACGUAUGCUUUCCAUAAUGAUAAUGGAGUGAGGAAGAUAUGCGUCGUGUCUUUCGAAACCCACUCCACCUUCUUUUGGCCUGAUAGUUGGAUCUUCUUCCAACCCCUCUCCUUAACCUUUCCCCACUUAUACUCCUGCUUUACCAAUCCCACUACUUUGGUCUCGCAACUCAUGCAGAACGGAUUGCUAGCUAACCUGCGAAAUUGCAUUACCGCGGUUGCCUCUGCCGAGCUAGCUGUUGUGUUGUCUUCGUUGCAGGAUUUCAACCACAACGCUGUGGCCGCUGACAGGUACCUCACUCACGGGCUUCCGUUCUCCAGCAAGAACAUCUACCAUCUCCUCAUUGGACAGCCCAACCAUGACAUUAAUGCCCGUCUCAUUCGGGCAACCCGUGUCCCCAUCAAGGCGCAGGUCUUCGGCUGGCUACUCUUCAAGGACUGCCUCAAUUCCAAGGUGACCUCUUCCACAAAACCAUCGUCCCCGACACCAUUUGCAUCAGGUGCGGUGUAAGGUUGUUAGUUGUUUUCCAUGAGAUGGAAUCCUUGUGUUGGCUGAGCUUAACUUCCUGAAGGGCAAUCCAGAUGGGUGGAUUUGCAGCUGAGUUGCGAGGUGAUCCUGUGCAUGACUUGCAUCAAUGCUCCGUUCAGGUGCCCUCUGAAAACAUCAACAUCUUCCCGUGACUCAGCUUUAAAAUAAAUGUGAAGGCGCAAUUUCCAUUGGGGCUUUGCCAUGCAGCCAUCUAGAGAUCUAGAAGCUUGUCUUCUUUUCAUUCCGAGAUGAUUCUUGGUGCAAGCAUCAAAGAGACAUUGAUCUGUUAUGUCGCCAGGGAUAGCAGUAUCAUGCCAAGGCUUGUUUUUUUUUUUUUUUGAACAGAGAGAGGCGUUCAUCUCAUAGACAUUGUACAGCAGUGAUUACAUAGCCCUGCGAGCAAAGAGUUUGGAAGAUGGACUCAACUGGACAGCAGCUAUUUCUAUGAGAAGAAUUAGUGCAAGUAAAGAUAGGCCUAGACAAAGAUUGUCUAAUUGCCUGAUGAGCACAGUUAUGCGCUACCCCAUUUAUAUCUCUUUUAAUAUGAUACACUGCAUGGGAUAGAAAUUGUAUUAUUUUGUGGAAAUCUGCAAUUUGCACUCUAAUCUCCCAAGGGACCUGCGGAUUCUGUAAAGAGGAGGCCACAACUGCUUUUGCCAAUGUCAAGCUGUCUGUUAAGAAUGUGACUUGUUGGAUCUGCAGUAAGCUGGCCACCUUCCCUGCUAAGUUGAGAGCUGCAGCUUCAGCUUGUAAGACAGUUGGAGUCACCGACAUGGAUGCUUGUAUCAACACAGUAUCAAUGUGAUGCAAAUUCUGAAGUUUACAAUACACUCCUAUUCCUGUCGCCUCUUGUGCUUGAGAUCCUGGAAUUUUCUUGAUUUUCCAUGCUGCAUCCGAGAAGAUCUUGGGGCUUGGUGAUCUGUCCAACUGAAGAAAUGCCAACGCAGUCGCAAAGCCUUGCUGGAUUUUCGGAGAUCCAGAAUACCUAGCGCUGAAGCUUGACCUACUACUUGUAUGAUGAUGUGAGGUGCAUAUGUUUUAGUUGGGCGACAUGGAGGAGUUUGAUUCUAGAGUGCCUAUUUGACUGGUGGUACUAGUGCAUUGAAGAACCAGUACACGCUAUUGUUCUACAACUAAGUAAAUCAAAAGUAUGCAGUAUUGUAUUUCUGGGGGAGAAAUUGAGCAUCAGUCUCUGCAGGAACGUCAGGGCAUAAGGAUGGAUGGGAUCGAAGGAUAAUUGGUGCGAUGGAUGGGAUCGAAGGAUAAUUGGUGCCACGGCUUUACUAAACACUGACAUCGGAGAUAAUAAAGUUGAGAGGGAUACAUCAGGGCAAUACAUUUCUGUAUCUGGGUAUAAUCAGAUGCAAAGUACCCUUGAGUCUUGUCCACUCUCCUAAAUGAAACUGGAAAUGUGUGAUAUAGGACCGAGCACACUUGGGGCUACAUCCACCCCUGAAGGUCCGACAGAGGGAAUGUGUGGUGGCAACAUGGGAGAUUGAAGCACAUGAAAAUGGUGUGUGCUUGCCUUGGGAUUACCAGGCUUAACGAAAUCCAAGUAGAAGCAACUUUCUACCCCAACUGUUUUUAGGAAUAUAGAUGUACUAAUACAGAUUUCUAGGCUUCGGUACCUGAUGUAAAUACACUGAGUAGUACCCUUUUCAAGAUGUAUUAACUGCUGAGAUCUUGCGUGCGUGUUCCUGUAACUGUUUUUGAACUUAUAAAUCUCUACGAAAUACUGUUCA